AUGUUCACACAACAACGGGGGAAGGCCCUUGAGGCUAAGAAAAGAAAGAGAGAAAGAUUAAGUUAUGGUGCAAGGCAAGAUAAAAUGAGAAAAACUCAUAACAAUAAAUCGAUAGCUGGCGAAAAUGCAAACAACAAAUGCGAAAAAAAAAAAUGUGCCAAAAGUUUGAAUAAUUCAUCAGAUACUAAUAUUGAAAGGCCUGGUGAAAAUUUCAAGAUGACAAGAAUUGACAUUUCUGAUAUUAUACCAUUAAGCAGUGGUAAUUUUUAUGCUGAAGCAAAUAAUAACAUUAUGCUAAAAGAUAACACUAAUGAAAAUGAAUCAUCUGAUAUAUAUAUAAAUGAAGAUGAGAAUUUAGCUGAUAUAAUAGAAAGGGAAAAUAAGACUAAUCUUGAAGAUAUAUUUAGUCAGAAGAAUGGUGAAAAGACUGAUUCUAUGGUUCUGACGACUUGCACAAAUGAUGGAUAUAAAAACAUUCAAACGAAAAUAGAGAUGGAGAAAGCACAAAUAGUAAAUACUUAG